AUGGUCAGUAUUCUUUCAACUGUGAUUGCGUCAUUUAUCAUCGGAUCAGCCUCAAAAGACACAAAAUUACCCGAGACCGGCUGGAGAAUUGCUUUGUGUAUGGCUGCGGGCGUCCAGCUCUUGGCAGGCGUGGUUUAUUUGAUAUUCGCCUCGUGCGAAGAACAGCCUUGGUCAACUAUGCCAUCACACAAUUAUGCAAAGCAACCUUAUGCACAUGUUCCUAUUCAUUCCAUAGACGCACUUGCCAGCCGACCCAUGGGCGAGUCACCUGAGCGUAGGCUGGCCAAAGAACAGGAUUUUGAAGGUGCAAUUAGUGAAGAGUUUUCUGAUGAAACGCUUUUAGAACAGGCUCCAUCAAGGUCAGAAUUAUCCUGGCAGCGCAUCCAAUAUCACAAUGCAGACUCCAUGUGUUCGUGUAAAUUUGUUCAGUCGAAUCAUCAGUCUAAGCCUUUCUCACUUGAGAAAAUGAACUUAAACAAUCCCAGACCUUUUCAUGUUGUUGGUAAAUCUCCAACGUAG